GAUAUUAAUGCCACACCACUUUCACGGAAGAAAGCAGCCCAAGAAAGGAAAAAAGAAAAGAAAAGAGAGCUAGACAGGGCAUACUACCUGCAGAACCGUGAAAAGAAAAUUGCUCAAUUUGUGGAACGUAGGCGAGCGAAAGGAGAGUUGUCAAAAAGGCCAGCGCGAACAAGGACCGAAACAAAGAAAACAGAGCGGAAAGAAAAGGUAAAGAAACAGCGAGAACUUUCCCGAGAAAACCUUGAACAGAAAAGAAAGAAAAUACGGCAACAAACCAGGGAAAGGGUCCGUAAAUAUCGCGAAAGAAAAUUACAGAACGGAGAAGAGCAAACAACGGAAGAGACAUCGGCUUCAGGCGUGGGCGACGGAUUCCAAAACCGGACGUCAAAGAAACGUGCCACUGAUAAGGUUAAGGAAACGCUUCCAUCAACCCCUAAGAAAAAAGCUAAAGUAAUUGAAACACUAGCUAGCAGCCCAAGGACAAGAAACGUGCUGACGAAACGUGGUUUAAUAAGAUACCCGGAGGAGCAGAAAGAAAUUUCCACCCUAAGAGCUCUGGCAUCCGACAUCUCAGAGGGGUUAAACGUGGUGAAGCACUCGGGAUCUACUGAAAAAAGAGCAGCUUUUAGAGCUUUUACUUCCCUAGCGUUUGGAGAAAACAUAAAAAAGACAAAGUCGCGGAAAUCUUUAGGAAAAUUAGUCAACAUCAAUGAAAAAAGCAUAAGUAAGGCGAUAAAGACCCGCGAAAGCAUUCUGAAAGGAGAUUUAGCAAGUUGGCUGUACACUAAAAGAAAAUUGCGCCAAGAUGCCAUUGCAGAAGAAGACAGCAAAAAAAUCUUCAACUUCUGGGCAAAUAACGCUAGCAGGCCGACAGGAGACAAAAAAGAUGUUGUGAAAAAACGCACUGGCAAGCAGCAGUAUGUACAUCACGCAAAGCACGUGUUAGAAAAAACGCAGACUGAAGCAUUUCUUGAAUUUCAGCAGUUACACCCAGAAGUGAAAGUGAAGCAGAGGAAGUUUGAAAGCCUUAAACCGUUUUUUGUGAAACAAGCUACUGAAAGAGAUAGGAGAUCAUGCCUCUGCCGAAAACAUGUUGAAACGAAAAUUGUAUUUGAUGCCUGCAUGAAGUUUCGCAAAGGAACUGGCAAAGAAACAGACAACGAUGGCGAGUACCCUGUCCUGAAGACCCUGACAGAACUGGUUGAAAAGACCCUGUGUCCCAAAGAAGAAGGCAAAAUGUUUCACAACAUUAAAUGCCUAGAGAGAGAGUGCGAGUCCUGUGGAGUUGAAACGUUGCAACUGUUGCUGGAGGAAACAUCUUCUGAAGGUUCUGUGCGCUGGUCCCGCUAUGACUACGUCUCAACUGGAAAGUUUCUAGCAAAUGGUCAAGAAAAGAAGAAGAUAGCCCUUGUCCAAAAGGAGACCUCACCAUCUGAACUCUUUAAGUAUUUUAAAGAGCUCCUUGGCUCCUACCCAUACCAUUCAUUUAUGGCAAGAUGGCAACGUGAUCAGCUCGACAACCUGCUAGAAAACCUUCCACUUGGGCAUGUAGUCUGUGUGCAUGAUUACUCUGAAGGAUAUGCAUGCAGGCAACAAGAUGAAACCCAGUCAGAGUAUUUUGACGUUGCCAAGGUUUCUCUUCAUGUUACGAUCCUUCACCGACAUGCUACAGAAGCUAAAGAUGGAGUGACAAGUACAGAAGAGGAACCGCACCUGAUUAAAGAACAUCUUUUUGUAAUCUCUGACGACCCAGUUCAAGAUCAGGACAGUGUCCACAAGGUGCAAAACCUUAUCCACAGCUACCUUGCUAAUGAUGUUGGUUGCAACAUCAUCAAGAUGCACGAGUUUACUGAUGGUUGUGCGGCCCAGUACAAAUCCCGACACUGUAUUGCCCCUAGAUUAUCUGCUGUUAACUCUUUUUCUAUUACUUUAAAUAACAAUGUAAUUAAGCGGGUUUUUCACUUCACUUAUCUAGGUAUAGUUUUUGAUGACCGCCUUAGCUGGAACGAGCAAAUAAAGUACCUAAUUUCGAAGGCGGGAAAACGCGUAGGAAUGCUCGGCAGGCUUCGCAGAAGCCUCACUAGAGAGAGUGCAAAUGUAGUGUAUUGUAGUCUAAUUAGGCCAAUUUUAGAAUACUGUGUAAGUGUGUGGGGCUGUUGCGGGGAAGGUCGUAAACAAGACCUUGAAGCCCUCAAAACCGGGCUGCUAGGAUAGUGGCUUGUACUGUGCGCAGCAAGCAGGCAUUGGACGUUCUGAAAUGGCCCCCCUUGGAGGAGCGCCGAAGUUAAUCUGUUUUUUAAACUCGUUAAGAAAUGCCUGCAAGGUCAAUGUCCCCAGUAUUUUAAACAAUAUUUUAAACGUAAUAAUACAAUCCAUGCGCGCGCUACUAGACAAAGCAACCUCUUACAUCCGCCUGCUGUGAGAACUGAAAUUGCAAAAAGAUCCUUCUAUUAUUAUGGUUGCACUCUUUUUAACGAAUUAUCUUAUUGAUAUUCCGUGUUUUACAUCUUUUAAUCUUUUAAUUGAAAAUAGUUUUCUAUUUAUAUUAUUACCUGUAUUAGUGUAAUGUUUAUAUGUUCAGUGUGGUUUUUGUGCGUUGUUGCUCAGGGCUCCCAUUGAUAACAGACAGCUUUUUGCGUCUGAAGGGGCUACCCUGAGCGGUAUAAAUUAAUAAAGGUUCUUCUUCUUCUUCUUCUAUUGGCGACCUAUCUUGCUCCCUCGCUGACUUUGGCUUUCACGUUGUUCGCAAUUAUUUUGAAACCUCCCAUGCUAAAGGAGAGGAAGAUGCUGCAGGUUCACAUGUUAAGCAGAAAGUUAGUCAAGCAGUCCUGCGCAGAACAACUACUAUCAAGUCUGCAAAAAGCAUGCAUGAGUACUUGGAGCAGAAUUUCACUCAGCGUGCUGCCUCAAGCUUUAAUGCAAGAGCCAAUGCCGUUCAGCUGAAGCGUCGUGUCUUCUUCUAUGUUCCUGCUGAAGGUGAAGGUGCAGUUGACAGAAACAGGCAAGGAAGAAAGUUUAAGGAAGCUAGAGGGAUAAGGAAAUGGCAUUGUGUGAAGUCUUUACCCCAGCAAGAAAAGGUUUUGGUGAGGUACAGGUCCUGCUACUGUGACAACUGUAUUGUUGAGGAUGAGGAGAACUGUGCUAGCAAGGCUUGGCUGGAUGACUGGAAAGAGGUCUCAAUCUGCAGAGAUGGUUCAGUGGCAGCUACAAGGCAAGCAACAGAAACUAGCAUCCUUGACCAUGACACUGCAGGCCACAUAGCAGACCUUGCUGUGAAGGGGAGCACUGUAGCAAUUGCUGCUGAUGAUGACCCGAUGUACGAUUUCUUUCUCCUGAAGGUCACAUCUGAAGGGGUUAAAGAGCUUGACAGUGACUAUACUAAUGACUACAACUUUACAGCUUUGAAGGGUCAGCAAGUUUUAAAAGGAAACUUUUACCUCAGGGACAACAUACACGACAUGACAUUCACCCUAGAUGAGAAACGUACCGCUGUUGUGUAUGCUGCCACUGUACGCCACAUUUGCAGAGAACUGCCAGGAAAGAAAAAGGGCAGAAAAACAAUAUACAAACUUCCUUUGAAGGAAAAUGAAGAGAUAAUUGCCUCUCUUUGA